AUGUUAAUCAGGUUAUCUUUGAUUAUUACCAUAUUUUUGGGAAUCUUGCCAACUAUAUUUGCAGAUUCAGUUCGGUCUGCAUUCAAUUACAACGUUGAUAAGUGGAAUAAUGAGGACUUCUUAGAAUACAUUACAGACAAUAUAAAUCUAAUUAAUGGAGUUGUUAAUAAUCUACAUAGGAAUUUUGAAGAUAACAUUAACUUGUUCGAUGAAGAUUACUUAAAGGAUGAAAGAAUUGUUGAUUUAUCAGACUGGCUGUUCGAUACCUGGUCAAAUUCAAACAUACAAAAUAUCCUGGUUAAGAGUGGAAUUAUUGAUAAAAGUGACAAGCUUAAUGAUAGUGAGAAGUUAAUUAAACUAAUUAAAAGUAAUUUCGAUCAGAUUUGUAAAGCUUUGAAAGUUUCUAAAUAUUAUCCCUCCUUAGACUAUUUCCAAAAUUGGACCCUAAAAGAUAUCAAGCUUUGGUUAAAACGGUAUAAUAUAGAAAUUGAUAAUUCUAAAAUUAACAAUAGACAGGAUUUAGUAAACUUAUUGAGGGAAAAUAUAUUUGUCAAGACCUAUGAAGUGAAUGCUAAAAGACAAAAAAUAUUCCAGCAGUUACGUUCCAUUAAUGAAAUCUUAUUUGAUUCAAAUGGCAAAUUGAAAAGAAAUAUCUUGAAGCAAAUUCCUGAAUCAGACCUACAAGAGUGGUUAUGGAGUCAUGGUAUUCCUACUAAUGACAGAAAUAAUUUAUUUGAAAAGGUAAAUGCAAAUAUCGAGUUGUUGAAAAAAGAUUAUCAAAAUUAUCUAGACAUCAAAAGAGAAAAUACAAAUUUAUACAAUUUAAUCCCACAAUGGCUACAGAAUGGUCUUCAUAAUGUAAUGUCAGACCAAUUAUACAAUAUUAACAAUUGGUCAAAGGAAAAAUUGGGCUCAUAUUUAGAGAAAAAUGGGAUAAAGCACAGCGAUUAUGAUACAUUAAAAAAGUUACAAAAUUUGGUUAUGGAAUCUAUUAACAAGAUACCAUCUACUAUAAAUGGAUGGGUACAAUCUCAUGGAGAAAUUCUUCAGGAAAAAUUAUUCUUUUUACAAAGAGAGGCAAACUUGUCGAGAGAACAACUAGAGGAUAAAUUUGAUGAGAUUUUAAAUUCCAAAUCGACAAAUGAGUUGUUAACAUUCCUCAAGAAGAUGGGUGUUGAAGUUAAUCUAAAUGCAACUAAGAGUCAAUUGAUUUCUGUCAUAAAAGACCAUAUUGGAGAAUACUGGAAAAACCUGAACUAA